CCGGGGUUGAGCAAUGCCCGGGUGACCCUUGGCCCCCCAGUUCGGGCGCAGCAGACGGUGCAGCCGCGGCGCGGGGACGGGGGCCAGGCCCCGGCGGUCGGCACCGCACGGCCCCUCCGGCCUCGGCAGUGCCAGCCUCGCCGGGGGACACCCACCCCGCUCCAGGAGCCGGCCCGCCCCACGGCCGCGGGACCCAGGUGUCCGGGCGGGCCGGCGGCGGCCCGGUGGCCGGUGACCCCAUGGGCCCCCGCGGGCGCCUCCUGGCCUGGCUCUGGCUGCUGGCGCUGCCGGGGGCGCGGGGGGCACCGGGGGGCUCGCCGGGGCCGGCGGCGGCACCCGGGGACGCGGCGCUGCCCGAGGACGGGGUGCCGCCCGGGGACGCGGCGCAGGAGCACGGCUACUACCUGCAGCAGCUCUUCGGGCAGUACGGCGCCAACGGGACGCUGCCCUUCGAGGGGCUGGCGCGGCUGCUGCUGAGCCUGGGGCUGGGCCGGGUGCAGGUGGUGCAGAUCCAGCACGAGGAGCUGGGCCACGGCCACGUCAGCCACCUCGACCUCCUCGAGGUGCAGGAGGACAAGCACCGCCACCGCCACCCGGCCUGGGAGCACGGCGGGGCCGAGGCCAGCGCCCCGCCGCCCGCCGCGGCCCCCGCGGCCCCCGCACGCCCCACCAGCCCCGAGCCCCCCCGGAGCAAGCAGGGGGUGAAGAUCUGGAGGGAGCCAGAGCCCUCCGAGCCCCCCGGCCCCGGGGCCACCCCCGGGGACCCCUCGGCGCCCUGGCGGGACCAGCCCAGCCUCAGCCUGCUGGGGAGGGUGCUGGGGCUGGACCACUCCGUCUACGACCACCCGCACGAGGACUGUCUCAACGUGACGCAGCUGCUGGUGAAUUUUGGGCUGGCCUCGGUGGCCCAGCUCACACCGGAGCAGUUCUCGCUGCUCUGCCCGGCCCUGCUCUACCAGAUCGACAGCCGCGUCUGCAUCCAGCACAGCGACGAGGUGACGCUGCCUCCCCCGGGGGGGGGCCUGUGGCCAGCGCUGGGCUGGGGGCUGCUGGCCGUCGCCCUGGUCAGCCUGCCCUCCGCCCUGGCCGUGGGCCUCGUGCCGCUGCUGAGCCGCGGCGCCUUCCGCUCGCUGCUGGCCUUCCUGGUGGCGCUGGCCGCGGGGACGCUCUGCGGGGACGCCCUGCUCCACCUCUGGCCCCACGCCCAGGGGAGGCACGCGGAGACGCCGGGGGCCGCGGCGCUGCGGCCGGGGCUGGCGGUCCUGGGGGGCAUCUACCUGCUCUUCCUCGUGGAGCUGCUCCUGGGGAUGCUGCGGCGGCGCCGGGAGGCCACGCAGCGCGGGGCAGCGAGCGGCCGCCCCCCCGGAGAGAGCCCUGCCGCGGCCGCCCCCGCGCCAGGGGCUGAGCUGCGGCACCUGACGGCCCCCGAGCCGGAGCCGGGCCCCCCCGGGGCGGCCGAGCCCCACGGACACUCCCACGGACCCCCCCACGGACACUCCCAUGGCCCCACGCUGCCCCCCCGGCCGGGGGCCGCCGACCUCGUCUGGAUGGUGGUGCUGGGGGACGGGAUCCACAACCUGAUGGACGGGCUGGCCAUCGGCACCGCCUUCUCCCACGGCCUCUCCAGCGGCCUCAGCACGGCGCUGGCCGUGCUCUGCCACGAGCUGCCCCACGAGCUGGGUGACCUGGCGGUGCUGCUGCAGGCGGGCGCGUCGCCCCGCGCCGUCCUGCUCCUCAACCUGCUCUCGGGGCUGCUCUCCUGCCUGGGGGCCGCGGCGGGGGCCGCCGUGGGGCAGGGCGCUGCCCACCUCACCCCCGGGCUCCUGGCCGCCGCCGCCGGCCUCUUCCUCUACGUGGCCCUGGCCGACAUGCUCCCCGAGGUGCUGCGGGGCGCCGAGGCCGGCGGCGGCUCCUGGGGCCGCUUCGCCCUGCAGAACGGCGGCUUCGUCCUGGGCAGCGGCAUCAUGCUGGGCAUCGCCCUGCUCGAGGGCCGCGUGAGCGCCUGGCUGCAGCCCUGAGACGGCGGCGGCCCCCGCGGCCCCCCCGGCCGCGCUUUCUCCUUGCAAGACGCCGGACCCCGGCAGCGCCCGCCGCCCCGGCAGCUUGCAGAAACGCCACCCAUCCGGGCCGGUGUCGGGCGCCGCGCGCAGCCCCCCGGCCCUGGACCCCCGGCGCCGAGCCCAGGAGCGGGGUGCCGGGCCCCGAGGCGACGCCGAGGCCGCCUCGCCCCCCCGCUCCCCCCGUCCCGGCCUUUAACCGAGGAAGAACGACAGCAGAGAGGAAGUAGAAGCAAUAGCAUUUUAAUAAACAUAAUUGAUUCAAAGCCACAAUAUGAAUAACAGGACUUGGUCGCAGCUUACAUUGUAUAAAAUAGAUCAAGUCUGAAUGCU